GAUCACACGCCGGUCGCACAGCUCCAUCCCGCAGUGAUGCCCGUGGUGCCUGGGUACCGCAUCCUGUCACUGUGCCGCCAUCCCCGAGACAGAGCCUGGCCCCGUGAGGAGAGGGACGUCCUGUGCCCCAGUGCCCCAGCCCAGCCGGACCUGGUUUAUCCUGGGGGUAGGCGACGGCGGGGCGACAGCUGGCUGCGGGAUUUGCCGAGGGCAUUAUUUAAUGCUGUGGGUAAAUGGAGAAACAGCAGCUAAUUCUGGAGCCAGUAAUCCUCUUCCUCCCCCAGCGACGGGUAGCGUGCCAGUCACGCAGCCACCAGUGAGCCCCGGGGACGAGCCCCCGGGCAGGUCUUCAGGUGUGCCUGAGCGACUGCCAGACCAUGGGUGAUGUGCAGAAGGCCUCCCCCGGCACCCCACGUCCCCAGGGGCUGCUUUCCGUCAUCCAGAAGCUGAAGGGUGCCCCAGAGCAGGAGCUCCGCAUCGUCCUGCUGGGGCUGGACAACGCAGGGAAGACCACGCUGCUGAAAUGCCUGGCGUCCGAGGAGGUCAGCACCAUCACCCCCACCCAGGGCUUCAACAUAAAGAGUGUCCAUUCGCAUGGCUUCAAGCUGAAUGUCUGGGAUAUCGGGGGGCAGCGCUCCAUCCGCCCAUACUGGAGGAAGUAUCUGGGCAGCACAGACCUGCUGAUUUAUGUCAUUGACAGUGCAGACCAGAAGCGCUUUGAAGAGACGGGGCAGGAGCUGGCAGAGCUCACUGAGGACGAGUCCCUCACAGGGGUCCCGCUGCUGGUGUUUGCCAACAAGCAGGAUCUAGUGACUGCAGCAUCCGCAGCCGAAAUUGCAGAAGGGCUGAACCUCCACACCUACCGGGACCGGGAAUGGCAGAUCCAGGCCUGCUCAGCCUUGUCUGGGGAAGGAGUGCAGGAUGGAAUGAACUGGGUUUCCAGCCAGAUCAUGAACAGGAAGAAGUGAGAGCUGCAAAGUGCCAGACUGGACAGAGCUGCAGGUCCCUAAGCCAUGGCCACCCUCCUCGGGUCCCUAAAUCCCCCCGCAAAAGCCCAGCUGGGCCCUGGGCCUCAG